AUUGCCGUCGACGCGCACUGCUUACUGCCCGCAAAACCCCAGGCAGGAUCCCAAUAAAACGUUUAUCAUCUAUCUUCCCAAAGAGUGAGGCGGAAUGAGUUUUUCGCCUACGCACGAGCCAACCAGAGAGCGAGCCCUGGCUCUCAUUGAACAAAAGGACACUAUUCAAGCUCAGAUCGAGCAUCACCUGUCAAUCCUCCGAACGAAUAACUCCACUAUGCAAUCGCCUUUGGUAGAUGCAGAGGGAUUUCCUCGUGCUGACAUAGAUGUUGCCUCCGUCAGGACUUCUCGUGUGCGAAUCAUCGAGUUGAGAAACGACUUGGAUGCGGUCAUGGAAGAGAUUUCCUCAGCCCUUCAAGGAUUGAUACCUCCAGACACGAAGACGGUCCCGCCUGCUGAUUCCUCGCUAAACAUCCCACGAACUAACGGGAACGUGCCGGAGAUUGCUUUUGCUCUGGUCAAUGGCGUCGCCCCUAACAGUCCAGCAGCAGCGGCGGGGCUGCUCCGAGGCGACCUUGUAACUUGCUUUGGCAGCUUGACAGCAUCGUCAUUUGGCUCAACAACUUCUCUUCAAUCGUUAGCUUCUUUGGUUUCUUCUCAUGAAAAUCAACCCAUUGAGAUUCGCGUGAGGAGAGGGGACCUCAAUUCGAACAGUUCCUUGGUUACCUUAUCUCUUACACCCCGGUCAGGAUGGGGGGGAAGAGGGCUUCUAGGAUGCCAUAUUGUACCAUACUCUGCUUGAUGCUGUUCAAUACCAAUGGCAUGGCCAGGUGAUCGGUUGUGAUACCACCAUGUGGGCCAGCUUCAGCGCCAAUCUACUGCGCAACCGGCACGCAGCAUGGGUUCUGAUAUUGCUUGCGAGCUGCACGUACGUGUGCACCAAUCAGCAUAUGACUUGAAUAAUAUGUAUAUGCAUUUUAUUCUUCCCAUCUGGGCCCUUUCGGGACUCACCCAAGGACUACAUUCAGGCAAUUGCCGUCGCUCGAUCGACCGCCCAAACUGGCUACAGGGAGGCUGUCCUCCCGUUACGAGUGGUAUAGUUCAUGGCACACUUCGCUUUGGGCACUAAACUGAGCGUGGAACCUCGUAAAAAAAUCAAGUGC